UAUACAAGCGUGUGUCUUGAGUUUUAACAAAGUAUAAGUUGGAUAAAAUUAAUCGGAGAAACAAAUGAUAAAUGUUAAGUGUGUUACAGUUUUUCUUCAAUAAUGUCGCAAAUUCCCAAGUGUAUAAUGCGAAUUAUCAGUAGUACUUAUUCUACUUUAAGUUUUAAUAAGUGAGUUAUGAUAGCAUAAACACGGAAGUCAUGGAUUAAUGUCAUCGCCAGAAAAAAGAAUACUUUCCAGGUGGAGAUUUUUUUGACAUAUUAUAGUCAUUUAAUCAGUCAGCGAAGAUAGGUCCGAAUAAGACGCCCGUGUUUCAAGUUUAAAACUUCUCUGGGAACGGUUCCGUUAACUGGAUAACUUAAAUUAAGAUGGCAGCUGUGAUGCAUUUAGUGGUCACAAUUUCUUUGGUAACGACGGCAAUUUACGGCGCGCGUAUAAAGCGUUUGAAUCUUACUCCCUAUAAAGUUGGUGGCCCAGUUGCUUGUAUAUCGAAAAAUAAUAAAUCCGGUUUAUGUGUACAUGAAUCUGUGUGUAAUGAAGAGCAUACGAUUAUGCCUGGCGGUGUGCUAGAUCUUGACAUUGAUUAUAGAGAAAAAAAGCAAUGUCCAGCUCAAAGUGAUUGGUGCUGCACUUCAGACGUGAUUCCACAUCCUCAGAUCGGUGUUGUCAAAAGUGAUAAUUGUUUACCGCUUAAAACUGAUGUCUGUCCUUGGUGCGUUUUACUUUACAAUGUUGUUGGAGUACAGCCUACGUCAACCCGUCCUUUCUGCUUGGGCGCUUUAAUAGGUUCGAAGGUCAUAAUAACUGCGUCCACUUGCCUAUUAGCGGCUCAAAAGAAGAUGCUGUAUGCGCAAGUACCAAACUCUGCUGAUCCAGGAAAGAACUACACUGUGAUUCGACGCCAAUUUCAUCCGAAUUAUAAUACUGGAACACAUGAACAUGAUUUCGGAAUAUUGGUCAUGGAAAGCGACGCAGCCUUUAUUGAAGGGAAGGCCCGAGGAACUUGUAUCGAUUUCCAGGUACCAUUAGAAGGCGAUUGUGUGGGAUACGGGUUCGAUAAUGAAGGACAGAUUACUUCGACGUUUUUGAAAGUGACGAAAAAUAGUUGCGGAAAGAACGGUAGCUCAAAGGAUGCUGCUUGUGGUUUAAGCACUGAAGAAGUAUGUAUAGUCGCCGGAGGGGGGCCUGUGCUAUGCCAAAGAAAAAAUGAGGGAUCAUAUCUCGUAGGCGUUGCUCGUAGUGCAUGCAAUAGCAAUAAUGAAGUGAUCCUUGGUGGUAUUUCACAUUCCAAGGAGUGGAUAGAAAACGAACUUGGUUUAAUGGAUGUACCUAACGAUGUGUACACAUAGAAUGCGUCUAUUUUUAUUUCGAACUGAAUUUAAAAUGGACUCCUAAAUGAACAAUCUAAAGAACAAUUACUAAGCCUAGUUAUUAUUAAAAAGUUCUUUGAACAGUCUGCUGCAGGUUGAAAAUAUUUUAAUUGCUGUGGCCAUGGACUCUUAGUGGCAACUUUUGUUAAGUGACGUAUAUUACGAGUAUAUAUAAAACUAUCAGAUUGAAAUAUCUAAUUUUGAUUUAUAUAAAAAAUAUGGUUGUUUAAUUGUAGUGUACUGUACUGAACUGAUAUUCUUUUUUGAUGCGGUUAUCUAUAUAUUGCUUUAUAAUCCAGGUAUUAAUAAAAAUAUAGCGUAAAUUAUAACUAUAAAGCAAAGCUGCCCUACAAAUUCUUAUACAUGGUCUACCGUUUCUAUUAUAUCAAUAAAACAAUUAUUGAAGUUCUUUUAAUAAUGUAAGUCUAGGAUGUAUUAAAUUUUAAGUGUGGUAGUAUUUUAGAAGUUUGAUUAAAAAUCAAUUCUAGAUUUUUCUACUGAUGAAGUCAGUUCGGAAAGCGUAUUGUUCCGACAAAGAAGUUUACAAGUUUCUACAUUUAUUGUUUAAGAAGAAGAAAAAGACGAAACACUUUAUUGCACGUAUAACAUACAGGAAAAGAAACAGUCAGGAGCAUACAGUACACACUGUAGACAUGCAAAGGCGGCCUUAUUUCUGCAAG